UAGUUAUAUCUGUAGGUGCAAUUCAUUUUUUUAUGCUUAUAAUAAUAUCAUAUUAGCGAAUAGUGGAUUCCGAGUCUGCCUUGUAAAUUACUAUAAAUCAUAGUCUGUACAAUUAUUAAGCAUCCAAGAUACAUCAUCUACUUUCAGAUCUUUAAAACGUAAGGUGGGUAUCAACUAUCAACCCUUUCUGUGGUUUUUUUCUUCAUUAUUUAGGUACUUUGUUUUUUUUCGUAUGGCGUUAUUACCGGGAAUACCUAGGCAUAAAAAGCAGAUGAUAUUGAUUCAUGUUCCAAGUUAAAAAAUAUUUGAAGCCACAAUUUUGAAAAGAUACUUUGAAAAUUGAAUUACGGAUUUGGCAGUAACAUGAAAACAUUUAGCAAAUGAUUUUGUUACAAAUUGUGGAAAUCUAACAGUUGGCUGGGCCGAAUUUGAUUGAUUUUCAAUAUGGAUGAAAACCAGGAAAAUACCAUUAAAAAAGCACUUCAAUUAAUUAGACAUUUGGAGUUUUUGCAAUAUUCUUUUUUUGACGGUCGGCCAGAAUGGACAACCAUAAAAAAGAACGAUCUAAAAUUGUUUAUGGCAUACACAUAUUAUGACUAUCCAUUAAAUAAUGAACACAAUAAUGAUUUAAAAGAUAUUGAUGGUGAAAACCUUAAUGAUAUAUUUAUGUUAUAUAAUAACGAAGUUCAAAAAAGUAUCUUGACCAUGAUUAAGAAAAUAGAGAAAUGUAUUCAACUUAAUGAUCAAAGUAGAAGUAUUGAAGUAGGAGUAACUAUAACAUACAGUAUUUGUAAAAUAAAGUGCAAAUUGCUUGAUACUACUAAUGCCUGUUGUAUUUCUCCUGACAAGGAUAUUAUACAUCAAUGGAAAUUAAUCAGAAUAAAGGUAAAUAGUCAAGUUUUUUUUGUUGAUUUUAUAGCCGGGAGAACAUACAAAAAUUGGGAUGAUUAUAUGGAAAAUAAUACACUUCCUGAAGGAAAUAUAUUCUACCCAAAAUCUGGAUUUUAUGAUGAAACAAAUUCUUUAAUACCAUAUACAACACCGGCCUCUAGAAAAAGCAAAAAAUUUUUAAAAAAUGUUGACCUAUCCAUGCGAUUAGCAAAUGCUGUUGGUGGUUUAUCAUUAAUGUAUGGUAUGUUAAAUCCAAUGACAGCACCUAUAGUGAUCUUUUCUGCAGCAUCACUUGGAUCUUCUUCUAUAUGGGAAGCAGGAAGAGAGAUUCAAAAUCUUAUAGACAUUUAUAGACACAAACAAUGCCUAUCAGUAUCACAGUUAUGCAAAGAAUGGGUUAAAUUAUCGCUUAUUAUAACUGGUACAGUAACAGCAUUAUUACCAGUAAAGGCCAUAUCUUCAGUAACUACAGAAGUCAAUGUAAUAACUAAUACAUCAAGACUGGGAAAGUCUAUGGCUCUUUUACAAAAGGGUGUUAGUAUUACCCGAUAUUCAUUAGAAAUCAUCCAUACCACCCUGAAUAUCAUGGAUAAAAAAUCUAAACUAAGAUGGGAAGAUGCCUUAUCACUCAGUUUGGAUUUGUUCAUUAUUACAGGAUCACUAGCUCCUAUAAAAGAUGUUAAGAAUAUUAUAAUUGGUAUGUCAUCAGAAGCCGUGUGGUUACCGAUUUUCAAAACCAUGGAGAAAUUUCCUUAUUAUCUGAGUCAACACUUCUGGAAAUCUGUUUACUUUUUCAAAAUGCACUUUGACGUAUUCACAGAGCGAGUAGCGAUUUUUCUCUUGGGUAAACUUACGCUGGACAAUCUGUUGUUCGCGUGGCGGAAGAUGUACCAUCUGAUGAACGUCUACCAGAAGCAAAUGGCUGCAUUGGACGACAGCGACCUGUUGCGGCACAUUGUGGACGGCGUAACGGCAGAUGAGAGAGUGAAGUACGUGCUGUGUGGCCAGCACAUUUUAAAGCUGUUGGAUGGUUUGCGCAGGGAAGCGGUGAAGAGGUCUUUAACCCACCGGGCCCAGAUUAAGUAUUGCGUGGAUCGCAUCAUGCGGGAAGCGAAGAAGUUGUCCUCCCUGCACGACGACUCCUUGGCCGAAUCGGCCAGGUUGGGUGAGACACGCUCAAAGGUAAACGAGGAGUUUUGUAAGAUGUUCGGGCUGGACAGGUGUGCCAUGGACCAGUACGCCAAGUGGGCCAUUUUCGAGGUUGGCCGUGACCCGGCAGCUCUGUUGGCUGAUUACUGGGAGCACGCUUCGCUCCCGGAAAAUAAGUAUGAUGACCAACUGUUGUACACCUUCGGCACCAACCAGUCAGUCAAGAUGUACUCGCUGUUGGCGCCGUGUGACGCGCUGGACAUAGAAAGCUGUGUGCGGUUUGCCAACAUGCUCUAUCCACAGCCACAUGGGUACCAAAACCACGAAUUUGUGCAGUCCCCCGAUGAAGACAUAUCCUUUCUUGUGUUAUCGAGCGAGAUUGUGUUCUUCGGUGUUGAACUGUUCGACGGGGUGCCCAAGAUGAAUGUCUGCUUUUACUGUUGCCCCGGGAGCCUACCAAAAGUAGCUGCUGCAGAACCUGCAGUUGUCUUCUAGAUGGAGCAGAGGGCUAGAUUUUUAAGAGCACAGUAUCGGCGGGUCAAUGUCGUCAUCGUCUCGGUUUUCACCUACCGGCGUCUAUCCAGCAGUCUACUUCUCACGUUUUCCUAUCGUAUCAUCUAUGCGCUUUUGUCUUAAUAACGUCCUGGAUCUAUUUGUUGAUAUAUCAACUCGAUUCAAAAACCUAAUUAUAUUUCUUAAAAACUUCUUAAUAUUAUGUACCUUGACAUUAUUGAAUUUUAACAAUUUUAUUUAUACAUCACAUGCAUAUCAUCAACAUUAAUACUUACUAUGAUUAUAUUAUUAUGAUGGCUUAUAACCAUAAUCACAUAUAGAAAUUAGUAUUCAAAUGUAUUAUUAUUUUUAUUUUUUAUCUUGUAAAGUUGUACCUAACGGCUAACUUAAUGUUUUUUUUUUUUUUAAACACAUUAUUCUUUAUUAUGUUUAUU